AUGAGUAUCUCGAAAUCGCGGACACUACCCUAUUCGCUUUGCCGUGAAUCGUGCGAGUGCUAUCUACCGCACUGUAGAUGUAGCGCAAAUGUACUCGCCGAUAAUCUGAAGGUAUCGCCGCUCUAUCGUCAAAAAGAUUCGGAAAGGUGGAACGCGGCAGUGUAUUGCUAUCAGGAGAUGAUGAGCAAUCGUGAUCAGUGCUGCACAUCGCCACCCAAUUCACCAGUCGAUUUAGGUCCAUUCCGUGCACUAUCACUGUCCGGUUCGUCACUGUCAAAAACAGCUCAUUAA